AUAAGAUCUUGUAAAUUAGAUCAGAUCAGAAAAAAUAAAUUUAAAUCAGAUCAAAAAAAUAAGUUCAGAUCAAAUUAGAAAAAAUGAGUUUAAAUCAGAAAAAAUAAGUUAAGAUCAUAAAAUUUCAGGUGAACUAAACAUGUAAAAGAAAUUAUGAAAUUUCGUUUACACAAUUACACUAGCUAGGUCAGUCAAAUACUCCAUAGUCCAUACAUUUUAUCGUUUCACUCACACUGUCACACACGCCAAUUUCAAUCUGAAAUUUCGUAUUAUCGCUCCUCUACCUCGUGCUCGAAUUGCGCAGAAGCUCGUUCCAGCCUUCCAGGAAACUUUUUGGUUCGUUCUUGUUAUCUAAGUUUGUCAAUCAAAAUACAUAAUGAAUUUCGCUGCAUCAUUGUGCAAAAGAGUAAACCUCAGGGAGCUGAUCUCAAAUGUUCCUGUUUAUGCUAAUGUUACUGAUGCUUCUGGGGCAGGCUUGGCUUUAGUAUUUAGAAGGUGGGCCACUAAGAAGUCAGCUGGAUCAUCAAAGAAUGGAAGAGAUUCCAAGCCUAAAAAUCUUGGAGUGAAGAAAUUUGGAGGCGAGAGAGUUAUACCUGGUAACAUCAUUGUUCGGCAGAGGGGAACCCGAUUUCAUCCUGGAAAUUAUGUUGGGAUUGGAAAGGACCACACUCUAUAUGCACUGAAAGAAGGGAAUGUUAAGUUCGAGACUCAUAAAUUGAGUGGUCGUAAGUGGGUACAUGUUGAGCCCAAGCAUGGACAUGUGCUUCAUCCUGUUUAUGCUGGCGUGCAGAACCCUCAACUAAAGACUGCAGCUUAAGAUUAGAUUACCUUACUUUUUAACAUUCAUCAAUCUGUAAGCUCUGUCGAGUUAUAUUAGAAGUCCUUGUUUUAGCCUGCUGCAUCCCGUUUCGAUCUUAGUUUGUUUGCAGAUUUUAUGCCUGGAAUAAACUUUAAACAAGGAAGCUAAUUUAAUGAUGGCCUUAAGUGUUCUUUUGUUCC